AUGUCUUCAUCGGAUUCUGAAGAUUGUUACGGCAAUAUCGCCCAAAAACUACAAUCACUGAAGAAUCAAUACGUAGAAGAGAAAAUCCCUUCUGUAGAUUUGGUAGACUUCGAAAACAGUGAUUUGAAAUCAACGGCGGAAAUAAACACAGGCACAAUAGACGUAGAAGACUUUAAUACAACUUUAAAUAGCACAGAUAACGAAGAAUGGACGCUGGACGCCAUAAUAGCGAAGAACACUACUGCCAAACGUGGUCGUAAAAGAAAGACAGCCGUUUCGUCUGAAACUAUAGUCCCCAGUAAAACAAAACGAAAAACUGCUAAUUCAAAUAAACAAACCGACAGUACUGUCGUUACUAAUGAAGAUACAGCAGAUAUAGACGACAGUGGACCUGUGACUGGUAGAAGAGGAAGAAAUAGUCGGUUAAGAAACAAUUCAAGUGCUGUACCUAAUACUUCACCAAGAGGAAGGCGAGGCAGUUCCAGAAGGUCUACUACUAACAGAGGCAGAGGUGGAGGUAGAAAUAGACGAAAUAACUCUCCAAGAGUGUCUGCACCAGUCACUACUUAUCCUACAUACAGUAUCGGAAACACCGAUGAUUAUCCAGAUGAGUGUGGUAACCAAGAACUAUUUUCAACGAACCCAGCUAAAAGUAAUGAAGUCGAAAUCGUAGACGACGAAGAUCCUUUAGCCAAUGAUAAUGAAGAAAUGUCCGUUAAAGUUUAUUGGCAGAGUUUGGAGGUGGUCCGUUUCAAAAUAAGAAAAUAUCAGAAGUUAAAACCGAUAUUUAAAUAUUUCUCGGAGAGAGAAAAUGUUGUUUUAGAUAAGUUACUGUUUAUGUAUAAUGACAGGAUAGUUAAAAUUGAUGAUACACCGGACGCAAUAGAUUACAGUAUAGCAAAGUUUAUUGAUGGUGGAAUUGUUGAGCGAAAUGUUACAGGACUGAUUAAAGAAACCAGUGAAGAGUUACAAGACGGGCUCAGAAUAAAGUUUCAAUGUCAACAUUUAAAGAAACCGUUUGAAACUACGAUAAGACCGGACGACACAUUUGGGCUGGCUAUGAUGAAGUGUGCAGAACACUUGGAGACUCCAUUAAAUAGACUGAAAUUUUUCUUUGAUGGAGAUUUAAUAUCAAGUAAAACUACAGCAGAAGAGCUGGACUUGGAAGGUGGUGAGUGUAUUGAUGUCAAAAUUGGGAGCUGA